UCAAUCCGCUGUUACAUAGAAAUGUCAAACAUUGUCUUUAUUUCCGACUGAUGGAGAUCAGCUUUGAGUUGUUAGUUAACCGUUUAAAUUCAAAUGAUUUUUUGUUUAACAAACAAAUAAUUAUCUUCAAAUCUAAAAAUGUUACCAGUGAACUCAAUAAAAAAUUCAAGGAGGUCUUCGAUCUUGAAGUUACCAAAAAAACCGACGUCUUCACAAAAUGCUGAGUCGAAUUCAUCACCGGAAAAUAGUCCGUCAAAACUCAAGCGCAGAGUCAGUUUCGCUGAGAAAAAAAGUGUCAAAGAGUUCGUUGAUUCAUUCGAGCAGGGAACGGUAUGGGACAGCACCUACGAGGAGAGUGACUCCAGUCAGAUGAAACUGAGCCAUACGGAAGCUCCAAAACCCGAGAUAGUUUCGACUACUAGUUUUUUAAGCCUCGCUUUGAAUGCAGGUCAAAACUUGGACAUGAAUCCGUCUUCUGUUUCCUUACGUCCGGAUAAAAUAGAGUUCAAGUUUCCAACAUCGGAGGCUGCGUGUCUUCUGGGACUCCAGACUGAACGCGUGAUAGUAAAUCCCGAGCUGCUGGCUAACAAAGAAAACAUGCCGGAGAUUUUAAGUAUAGAGACCGUAGAGAGUUCUUUUGUCGAAGUUGCCGUCGACGAAACGAGACUCGUCAGUCAGACCCCAGGGUUCGCGGUCUACUGCGACGAAGAUGAAAAUUGUUUGGAUAAAACUAAUGUCGAAGAUGUUUCUAUGGAAUGUACGAUAGUCGCUUCAGAUGUUCCUUUUGCUGGAGAUCAGGAUAAUAAUUUAGAUAGAAAAUUAAAAGACACAGUAUAUUUAAAUAAAUCGAUGGAAUUUACUCAAGAUAUUCCGCCAUCAAAUUGCAAGACGCGAUUUUGUGAUGACAGGACUCAGGUGUUCGGUAACGAUUCUAUAGAAUUUACUGAGGCCAUUUCGUCAGUUCCAAUAAAAUCCAGUAGUUUAGGUGAAGAAAAAACUCAGGUCUUCUUAAAUAAAUCGAUGGAGAUGACAGAAGUCAUUCCUUCAAGUCUACCACGGCAGCAUGUUGAUGACAGAACCGAAGUAUUCCAUAAUAAGUCAAUGGAAAUGACUGAAGCCAUACCAUCGACAUUGAGUCGUAAUUAUAAUGAAGAUAGAACUAGAGUUUUCCAUAAUAAAUCCAUGGAGAUGACGGAUGUAAUAGUUCCUCUGGUACCUGAAAUGCAGCGACGCAAUUUUACUGGCGAAAGGACUGAAGUAUUUCAUAAUAAGUCUAUGGAAUUGACUCAAGCAGUGCCAGUGUCAUUACUCAGUCAAUUCCGUCAGUUUGGUGAAGAUAGAACAGAAGUUUUUCAUAACAAAUCCAUGGAAAUCACUCAGGCAAUACCUCCAGCAUCAGCGCUUGCUCAGUCUCGUCGUUUUGGUGACGACAAGACACAAGUUUUUCAUAAUAAUUCAAUGGAAAUGACUCAGGCAAUACUUCCCGCAUCAAUUUUACCACAAUCACGUCAUUUUAGUGAUGAUAGAACAGAAGUUUUUCAUAACAAAUCCAUGGAAAUCACUCAGGCAAUACCUCCAGCAUCAGCGCUUGCUCAGUCUCGUCGUUUUGGUGACGACAAGACACAAGUUUUUCAUAAUAAUUCAAUGGAAAUGACUCAGGCAAUACUUCCCCCAUCAAUUUUACCCCAAUCACGUCAUUUUAGUGAAGAAAGAACAGAAUUUUUUCAGAAUAAGUCUAUGGAAAUUACGGAAGCGAUACCUCCAGCAUCACUAAUGACUCAAUUACGUCAUAUUAGUGAUGAUAGAACAGAAGUUUUUCAUAAUAAGUCGAUGGAAAUGACUCAGGCAAUACUUCCAGCAUCAGUUUUACCACAACCACGUCAUAUUAGUGACGAUAGGACAGAAUUUUUUCAGAAUAAGUCCAUGGAAAUUACGGAAGCGAUACCUCCAGCAUCACUAAUGACUCAAUUACGUCAUUUUAGUGAUGAUAGAACAGAAGUUUUUCAUAAUAAGUCAAUGGAAAUGACUCAAGCAAUACUUCCAGCAUCAUCACGUCAUUUUAGUGAAGACAGAACAAAAUUUUUUCAGAAUAAGUCUAUGGAAAUUACGGAAGCGAUACCUCCAGCAUCACUAAUGACCCGAUUACGUCAUAUUAGUGAUGAUAGAACAGAAGUUUUUCAUAAUAAAUCCAUGGAAAUGACUCAGGCAAUACCAUCAGCAUCAUUACUUGCUCAGUCACGUCGUUUCGGUGAUGAUAGAACAGAAGUUUUUCAUAAUAAGUCCAUGGAAAUGACUCAGGCAAUACCUCCAGCAUCACAAAUCAUCCAGUCACGUCAUUUCAGUGAUGACAGGACACAAGUUUUUCAUAACAAAUCAAUGGAAAUUACCCAAGCGAUACUUCCAGCAUCAAUUUUACCCCAGCCAAUUAAUUUUGAUGAAGAAAAAACUAGAGUUUUCCACAACAAAUCAAUGGAAUUAACUGAAGCAAUUAAUUCUUUACAAGCUCCACUUACUAACCGGUCGAUUCUAUCAAAACCAACUGCUCAAGAUCUAGAAAUAGAUCACAAUUACUUUAUGGAAAACACAGUAUCAAUAAAUCCGUCUUUGAAACGCAACUAUCACUGUAUUGCGGACACUAAAACUCCAAAGUCAGCAGUCUCUAGUCCGAAUGCUAAGAAUCCUCGUGACUGCAGACCGCCCGUUGAUCGAAAAGCUUCAAUGGAAGCUUUGCACCGAAUACUGCAUCAAGAUUUGAACAAAGACAACGAUCUGUGCCCAUCAUUUUUAUCCAAAUCGCCGACUGUUUCAAAUGAAAACGACAGAGCUGAUGAUUCCAUGGAGAUGACCGCAGCGAUUCCGUCAAUCCGAGCAUCAGCUUCUGGUGCGAGAGAAAGUCUAGUUGUGUCUGAUACCACUGCCGUUGAACCAAAUGAUUCUUCAAGUUUAUCAGCGUCGGAUUCGUUUGAAGAAAAUCAGGGCCCCGGUUCUGAAUCUCAGUCGGAUUCAGUAAAUCAGUCGACUGAUUCAGUGAAUAACGAAAAUUCAAGUGAUAGAUUCACGGAAAUGAUGUCUAGACAUGAAGAUCAAUUUGAUUUUGAUGGUAGAGUUUCAUUGCAAGAGACACCUUCAUUUAUUUACACCAACGAUGCAGAUCUUAGUGUCGAUCAAGAUGUCGAUGCUCCUCAAGUGUCUCAAUCUCUCAAUAAUGAUUCUGAUGAUAGCACGCUGGUGGAAUCCAGCAACUUGAGUAAAGACUCUAGCGAUCUAAGUCAGUCAAGUGAACUAGAUGAGAGUAAUAACAGAGAAUCAUCAACUGAUGAUAUUCCUGAAGAUUUAUCUGGCAAUGAUAUAAAUUUGAAUUAUUCAGACAAAGUUACUUGUGAUCCAAGUGAAUCUAGAUUGAAACGAAGUAUUUCAGAUGAAGAUAGUGAAGAAGUUGAGAAGAAAAAAUUAAUUUUAACGUGUGCUGAAGACAAUCAAGUGAAAGAUGAUUCAGCCGAAUCUGAUGCCCUGUUGAAUGAUUCAGUAGAUAGUCAAGUAAAUAGAACGCAAGAUGAUUCCAUGGAUGUCAGUCUGGCGGUAAAUGAAUCUCUAGAGGUAUUGGAUGAUAAAAAAAUAAAUAUUCCAGAGAUUGGUUACUUAGAGCCCAGUGAUAUCAACAUUCGUCUGCAAAAACUUAUUCUAAGAGACCAGUUGGUUAAUAGGAAAUUAAAAGAGACUCAACAGAAUAUCCGAGAAGCCAAAGCUAAGCUCAAAAAACUACCGAAAAAAAUUGAAUGCGUGACUGAAGAUAUUGUUGAUCAAACUCCGUACCAGUUACUAAAAGCCGGUCUCGAAGAUUACGCGAAGAGGAAAGAGUGCGUUUGGAAAAUCCAUACCAUCAAUCCCGCUGUUGUCUGCAUUGAAUUCUACAAGACCAGUUUGAUAUUCGGGGUCCGGGUAAAUGUGGCCGAGCCAGAGGAAGAAAUAACUAAAAUUUGUAUUGUGCCUCGUGUCAGUGACAAUGAUACCGAGAUGCUGAAGCUUACUGACAGAUUGAUAACCAGAAAGAUCGACUGUGAUCGGUUGAUGGAGAAUCAUAAAAAUUACGCAGAUAUUCCUAAACUUAUUGCUCUUGUUACCGAGCAAGUUGUCUUUGUCUACGAUUUUUAUGAGGAGUUGAAAAAAUUGUACAGAGCUAGCGUGAUGGACAUUUUUGGAGACAUAGUAUCAGUAACAGUAAGAACUAAAAAAAUGGAGACAAUUAUCAAACUUAAAAUUAAUAUCGCCUCAUUUCCAUUGAUAAAUCCUGAUGACAUAGAAGUUACUAAUAUAUUAGGAUCUGUUAGAGACAAAGAUGUGAAAAAUUUAAUAAAAAAUGUAAAACCAACUCCGAAAUUACUUACACUGUACAUAAAUGAUGUGAAACAACUUUUAGAAUUACUUGCAAUCGCCAAUUCAAAGAUUUGAAUGUAAUUAUAAUUAUAUAUAUAUUUUUAUAAAAUUUUUAUACAAAUUAAAUUAUAUUAUAUGUAAAAAAUAUUAUUAAAAUUCGUGCAAUAGAGCACAGAGUAUUAAAAAAAAGUCAAUUAAAUUGAAUUAAAUAAAAUUACAGUCCACUGCUUUGCCAACUGAGCUAUCGAAGAAAUUCUAAUUUGAAUAAUAAUUUAUUUAUUAUUUAAUAAAACUAUUUAUUGAGUAAAUUCUGGAUAAAUAACAGUAAAAAAUAACGUGGGAAUGGAAUGGAAUUGUCUAGUUAAUCAUGAAUUCAGUAAAACUGGCUGUUGAGUGAUUCUAUGAGAAUUGAAAUAAAAUAAAAUAAAUUUUAAAAAAACGAGUACUCUCGGUAAGGUAUUGAGUUUAAGUAACAAAGUAUUAGUAUGUGUGGAUCAAGAUAGACAAGUCUAGUCAGCUAAUAGCCGGUUUGAUUAAACGUUUUUGCGAUAACUUAGCGUUUGAUCUCUUAGCAUCUGGAGUUGAUGUACUCGGUACGGCAUGGACUCUGUACAUUUAUGUUUCGCGGACAUCCUUAUCCUUAUUGUGAGCAAGCUAACAGUUAUCUUCCAUUUCUGUGAAUAGAACAACUCUCAAGACCGGGCUUUAAACUUGUUUCGUCUUCAUAUUUUAUUAUUUGUUUAAUGUUUUUAUUUCAUCUUCAAAGAAAUUUAUUGUAAAAAUAAUUUUUAUGCAAUAGCUCAGUCCAGAAAUAAAAAUUAGCAGCAAAAUGACAUUUUUUCACGUUACCUAACUUUGAAAGUCAGUUUUCCGUAUAAAUAUUUAAAAUUUUUAAAUAUUCGGAGCUGAUAAAUUCAAACGAUUAUCGGGACAUGUUUGAUAAUUAAACUAAAGAGUAAAACAAAUUUUUUAGGCGGUUUAUUUAUAAAAAUACUGUCAAAUGACACAGACUUUCUUUUAAGUAGCCAAUAAAACUUGCGUGGGUGUACUGGGCCCGGUUUUAUAUUUCGUAACGGCGCGCGAGCAAGCAAACAUCAACAAUAUUUAAAUAUCUUAAAUAUAAAUCUUGUUAAUUUUUCCACAGUACAACUAUCAAUAUCUUUAAUUUUAUAAAAAUAUAUAAAUACGAGUUAGUAUUGUAAUAAAAUAAACAAUAUUUUUUUUUAAGUGUGAAAUUAAUGCCUGUCUAUAAGCCAAUAAACUCAGUAAUCGGAUUAAGAUAAGAUUAAAUACUAAAUAGGAAGAGAGGAACCAUCAAUUCAAAGUUAGAGCGGUUAAAUAUAUACAUUUUGUUGCUAAAAAACAAAUACGUAUAUAUUUAUAGAUAAAAAAAAAUGAUUAUUUGAGAUCUUAAUCGGGUGAAAAAAUUCUGGUUCCAGUUGUACUGAAAGAACUGUCCUUUCACUACGCCCGAUCUUUAUCGCGUCCGAAUUUAACCGGGUGGGAGUCGAGUAGAGGGGAGGCGUUAGCGUAUUCAAACUUUCAUUCACUCUUUUUAUAAAUUUUUAUUAUUUUUUUCGGUCCUCUUACUCCUUAUACUGAAUAAGAGUUCAGUUAUCACCGAGUCGUUUCAUUCAUUAUUAUAUUCUUGAUCUCCCACGUAUGCUAAAGGAUUAUCCAGUCAACGAGUACAGGCUCCGGUGCAAUAUACAUUAAAAUAAUUGUGACGAGUGUCACGCUUGUAAGCUUGCCCAUGUUCAUAUAUUUUAUUUUUAUCUUCAAAAAUAAACGUUCAGUUUUGAUAAUUUUUAACGUCUGUUCUUUUGAAAUUUAGUCAGCUUUUUAUCGAUACCCUGUUACCUGCAGGAUCAAAUACUUGGGUUCAUAAAAUAUAUAUAUUUAUAAAUAAUUUUGUUCCAGUCUAAUAAAUAUUUAUGUAAUUACGAAACAAAUGGUGUGUAAUUUAAUAACUUGGAGGGAAAAUGUGGGCGAAGGAUUUCUUGUAAUUUCAACCUCCAGAU